UACGAGACGCAAUUAAUAAGGCUUUAUGAUAUAGUUUUAUUAUUAUAUAGCCUAUAUCCCCUAACUGAUACUAUAAAAAUAUUAUCUUUUUUAAUGUAAUAUCUUCGAACAGUUAUUAGAAAAAUAUUAUAUAAUACUAGCAUUAAGUCAUUUUAAACGCGAUAAAGGAAUGACUUAAAGUUAUGGAAGAUAGAGUUAAAGAUUUAGGUUGGUUCCAUUCAAAUUUGGAUAGACAUCAAGCAGAAGCUCUUUUACUUCAUAAUGGGCAGGAUGGUUCUUACCUUCUUCGUAUAUGUACUAAUAAUGAAAACAGCUAUGUUCUUUCAUGCCGCUGUGCAAAUUCUGUUAAGCAUUUUCAAAUAUCAUAUGAUGGGAAGUAUUACCGUUUUGGAAUGGCAAUAUUUGAAACAUUUAGUGAACUUGUAAAGCAUUUUGAAAAUCAACCUUUACUUGGUGGGGAAUCAGGUGUUUUAACAUUGCUAAAGUAUCCUUAUCCUCGCCGUGUCAACGAGCCAUCUUCCUAUGAAACUGUUGUUAUUCAUGCUGAAACUGGUUAUAAUUCUUCAAUCAAAAAAUUUCGUCCACAAUCUAUAAAUUCAAAAGAAGGUUAUUUGACAAAACAAGGUUUAAAGAUAAAAAGUUGGAGAACACGUUGGUUUGUUUUAUUCCGAAAUGAACUUUUAUACUAUAAAACUAAAAAUGAGAAACAACCACUUGGUAUAAUAAAUCUAAAAAUUUGUUUGUCAGUUACAAAAGAUGAAGAAAUAGGGAAAAAUUAUGCCUUUAGAAUUCAUAUGCCUUAUCGUGUUUACUAUGUUUAUGCUGUUAGUGACAUCGAAAGGCAAGAAUGGAUUGAUAUACUAUGUUGGAAGUUGAUACAAAAUGGCAUUGAAUAACAAGCUCGCUAAAAAUGUAUAUUUUAAUUUUUAAAUUGUACAUAUUCAAUUAUUAUAUUGUAAAUUUUUUUUUAUCUCUUGUUAAACAUUUUUUUUAAUAUAAAUUAUAUUUUUA